AUGCAAGUUAGACAAUUAGAUGAUGAGGUUAUACAAGUUAAGCAAGUGUUGAAGCAUGCUAAUCAAUUAUGUAAUAGAUUAUAUAAUACAUUGACAUAUAGAGUUAGCAUCUAAGAAAUAUCCAUCAGAACAUAAGUUACAUACAUCAACAGAUGAACAUUAAAGACAAGGUGGAACACAUGCUGAAAUUAAGUAGAAUAAUUUACAUUAGCAGAUCAUAUUUCCAUCAAUAUAAUAACCAACAUUACAAUCAAUACAUUAAGUGUCAGAUGAACAUGUUAAACAAGGAUAAACACAACCUAAAAUAAAUUAAAUAAUAUCAUACUUAAACAAGUGUUAGAUGAAGAUAAAUAAUAAUUGGUAUUAAUACAAGUAUUACAAUAUGUAUCAGUUUCACAAGUUAAACAUGGUGAAAUACAUUCUAAAAUUAGAAUAAAUAAUAAACAUAAGCAAUUUUGUGAAAAUGAAUCAUGAUAAUAAGUAUUAUUAACACAGGUAUUACAAACAGUGAGAUCACUACAUGUUAAGCAAGGUGAAACACAGGAUAAACAUUAAUUGUUCGACAAAUAGU